AUGGCGGCAGCAGGUACACAGAAUACGUCUAUUGAAGUCUUAUUCAUUGGAGAAUGUGGAUCUGGAAAAAGCACCACUAUUAAUAGUCUUCUGGGAAAGGAAGUGACCAAAGGAGCAGACAAUUCCAAAACAGGGAUACAAGAUUCUAAAGAAGAAGACGGAACUGAAACACUAAUAUACCAUAGAAGAGGCAUACCUAAACAAACAAAAAUAUUAAAUGCUGAGGUAAAAUUUGCUAUACCUGAACAAGGAACUGAAGAAAAAUCAAGCUAUCAAAUAGAUACAUCAGCAAAUAUUAAGACAUUUAAUGCUGAGGAACAAGAUACUAAAGUCAAAGAAGGAUUUGAAGAGACAUCACAUCAUCAAUCAGACAUACCAGCAACUAUUGAAAUAUUGAACUCUGAGGAUAAAGGUUCCAAAGCCAAAAACGAUUCAGAAGUAAAAACGAUCCAUCAAGUAAAUACACCAGCAAAUAUUGAGACAUUGAACGCUGAGGAACAAGAUUCUAAGGACCAAAAAGAAGCGAAAGACAAAUCCAACCUUCAAAUAGGUUCACCAACAAGCACUAAGACAUUUAACCCUGGGGAACAAGAUUCUAAUGCAAAAAAGGGAACAGAUAAGAAAUCCGACCAACAAGUAGAUAUACCAACAAAUAUUGAGAAAUUUAACGCCGAGGAACAAAAUUCUAUAGCCAAAAAAGGAAUGCAAGAGAUAUGCAGCCAACCAGUUUAUGAAUCAACCAACAUUGAGACACUGAACCCCGAUGAACAAGAUUCUAAAGUCAUAACAGGAGCUGAAGUGAUAUCCAACCAUCGAGUAAAUACACCAGCAAAUACUGAGACAUUGAAUCUUGGGAAAGAAGAUUCUGAAGCCAAAGACGGAAAGGAGAAGAAAUUCAACAACCAAGUAGAUAUACUAACAAAUGUUAAGACAUUAAACGCUAAGAAAGAAGAUUCCAACCCCAAAGAAGGAACUGAAGAGAAAUCCAACCAUCAAAUAGGUAAAUCAACAAACAUUGAGUCUUCUAACCCUGGGAAACAAGAUUCAAAAGCAAAGGAAGAAACUUUAGCGGAAUCGAACCACCAAGCAGAUAUACCAGUAAAAAUUGAGACAUUGAACUCUGAAGAACAUAACACUGAAGCCAAAAUAAUAACUGAUGGAAAUGAAGAGAAUUCCAACAAUCAAAUAGGUACAUCAACAGACAUUGAGACAUUAAACUCUGCGGAACAAAAACAUACAGACAAAGAUGGAACUGAUGAGAAAUCCAACUAUUAUAUCGAGGAAUCAACAAACAUUGAGACAUUGAACGCUGAAGAAAACGGUUCUAAAGCAAAAGAAGAAAAUAAAGAGAUAUCCAACCAUCAUGCAGAUAUAUCAGCAAACAUUGAGACAUUGAACUCUCAAGAAAGAAGAUCCUAG